ACGACAAAUAAUGAGAGAGAAAAUCUUGUGGUCUAAAAACCUAAAAAAAAUUGCAUUAAAAUUUAUUUGAGAAAGAAAACUGAGAAAGAAAAAGCAAAGGGGCAAAAAAGGAAUAAUAUUGGAGAUGGUAAGAAGAGAGAGAAAUGAAAAGCCUGAAUUAGAGAUAGAAAGAUAGAGAGAGAAGAAAAAGAUACAGCCCUCAGCUCAUCUCCCCUACCUCACUUCACAGCCUCAAGAAUCGUGAAAAAAUAAUUAGGAAAAAAGGGAAUCAAUUAGUUUUUUUCCAAUCCCGUUGCGAUAAUAGUGAUAUUUGAGGCCUGACUGUUUUCUAAAAUUUCAGUCUUUUGAAGCUCUGAAUCUUUGCAAAAUCCCAUCCUUUUCCUUUUUGUGUGGUUAUGGAUGCAUUCGACAUGGUUUCUUUUACCACGGGGCUGCGCAAAGGGUUCGGGUGAUCCACAUUCAAUACUACGACUUCAGUUGUUCAAUUAAGUUAUUUCUUUUCUCAUCUCUUUUAAGUGUAGAGCCAUUUUCCACCUAUCUGAAACACGGGAGUGAAACUAAUAUACAAUGUACUUGUCGGGAAAGGGAGCUUCUUCCGGUGACAAAAAUCUUGGUGCUUCAAAACCGACUUUGAACCCUAACGCCACAGAAUUUGUUCCUUUUGCUCUGAGAUCACCUGUAGCUGGCGCUAAUGGUGCGGAGGCAUCCUCAAAAUUUGUGAUGUCCGCAGCUUCUGCCCCAGGGAAAGGAAUAUUAGACAGAUCAGAGUCGUCAGUCUCGAAUAACUCUGAUGAUGAAGCGCAGCAAUACUGGCGCAAUCAGCUCCCGGAUGAUAUUACUCCUGACUUUAAGGUCAUGGGUAUUGAUGAUAAUCAAGGGGUCAACAACUUAUCGUUUUCAAGCCUAUCUUUGACUGAUACUAACGAAGGUUCAAGAUAUUCUUCUUCAAUAGGUAGUGGUUUUAUGUUGAAGGAACAACAAGGAUUAUCUCCUCGCCCUGUUAAUGGAAACAGUCAUGCCGAACAGCUGAGAUAUCCAGUCUCGUCCUAUGGGGAAUACCUGUCCCCUACAAGUUAUCAUUCAUCACUCUCUAAGCCUUGGGACCAACAGAUUGUUGGCAACGAUCAGCUUCUUGCAAGAGAAGGGACUGAUGGUGGGAAUCCAAGACACGGUCUUCUAGCUGACAUGUCAAGUGAGCAAUUGAUGCUGGAUAAUUCUGAUGUGAGCCCACUAGAGUUCUUGGCUUCACAAUUCCCUGGUUUCGCAGCUGAAAGUCUUGCAGAGGUUUAUUUUGCAAACGGAGGCGAUUUAAACCUAACAAUUGAGAUGCUUACUCAGCUUGAGCUUCAGGUUGAUGGUGGCUUAAAUCAGACUUUGACCUCAAAAACUGUAUCUGCUCCAAAUCUUAAUUCGAUGGAUUUUCCUGCACUCUCUGUGAGAGAUGGUCAAAACGAUUUAGCAAAAUUUACUGCUGAUGGUCUUCACCAAAAUGGCAGUCCCUAUCGCUCUCCAGAAAAGCAAGGCUCGUUGCUGUUCAGAUCCAAUUCUUUUGUUCCAUCAAGAGGUGCUACAGACUUUGCUUCGGCUGUCCGGAAAAUGGCACCUCAAGAUUCCAGCAUGUGGAAGUACGAGAGAAAUGGCUCUUCGGAUGCGAGCAUCGGAUCGAGUCGAAGCUCUCAAGUACUGGCAAGCUCAUACAACAGUGGCCAGGGGAGGGGCGUCUAUGGUGAUAGGUUCCAAAGCCGAGGAUCAGCUCGCUCAACUCCGGUCUGGCUUGAAACUGGAGAAGCAGUCGCAAAUAUGUACUCUGAAAUGCGGGAGGAAGCUCGUGAUCAUGCACGUGUGCGCAAUGUCUACUUUGAGCAGGCACGACAAGCGUACCUCGUUGGCAACAAGGCCUUAGCCAAGGAGUUGAGCAUUAAGGGACAGCUGCACAAUAUGCAGAUGAAAGCAGCUCAUGGGAAGGCACAAGAAACUAUUUUUCGCCAGAGGAAUUCCGACAUUCAGACAAACGGGAGGGAGCAGAUGAUCGACCUGCACGGUCUACACGUGAGUGAAGCCAUUCACGUCCUCAAGCGCGAACUGGCGGUGAUGAAGAACGCAGCCAGGUCGAUGGAUCAAAGACUGCUCGUCUACAUAUGUGUAGGAACAGGCCAUCACACGAGGGGGGCGCGCACGCCUGCCAGACUCCCGACUGCCGUCCAGCGCUACUUGCUGGAGGAGGAGGGUCUCGACUAUUCGGAGCCGCAGCCGGGGCUCCUCCGAGUUGUUAUAUACUGAGCCACGAAGGUAUAGGAGAUUUUUGACACACUGCAUUACUCAGAAAAUCAAUCAACCCAUCUGGGGGCAAAAAAAAAGGGUAAAAGAAGAGAAAAAAAAAAAGAAAUGGAAAUCUGUUGUAUCUGUAAAUGGGGGAAAAAAUCGUAGGAUACUUCUGCAGAAGGGUAAAAAAAGAACAAAAAUAAAAAAGCAAGGAUGUGGAAAGGUACGAGGAAAAACAGAUGUCUGUAUGAUUACUGUGUAGUUUGGCCGAAUCGUAGAAGAUGUUUUUGUAGUUGUCAGUGAUUUGCAUCGGCCUCUUUUUGUUGUUUUUGGUUUUAUGUUACAUUUUUUUUGGGGUUUAAAUAUGCAGAUGUAACUGAUAGAAUUCUUUCUCAAAUUUCUCCAAUCAUUUGGAGCUCUUCCUCACAAA